AUGUGCGCUAGUGAGUUUGUUGACGAAAGGAGAAGCCUUUCUUACUCUGAGCUAUGGGCAGGACCUACUUAUUCCAACUCUCCUCCACCUACUUCUGUGCCCAUUCCUAAGUUCUCUCUCCAGCAAAGGAGGACGGUUUCUUUAACCUUUCCAUCUCCUGACUCUGCUGUUGAUGUUCUUGAAGUUGCUAAGUCUGCUCCUGUUUCUCCAACCUCAUCUUGUGACGACGACAACCCGUUCCACAGUACUGUCUCUGCUACUAUGACACUGCGCCGCAUGCUUAACCUUGAGACUGCUGACGAAUGA